AAUAGAAAAACAUCUUCCAGUAACGACAGCUGCGUCUUCCAAGAGAGGGGUGUUUUAGACAAUUCUCCAGCCAUGGCGAUGUUGCUGUUUACUCUCCUUACAUACUGUAUCGUUUGCUUCACACCAAGGGAUGGUGAAACAGUGUCAAUAUCUCUAAAAUGUUCAUCGAUGCCCAGUGAUGUUGAAGAUUGCGAUAGUCCGACUGACAAGUGGUUUUAUAAUAAAAAGGAAAAAAAAUGCGAAAAUUUCAAGUACGGCGACUGUCCGAGGAAUGAAAACAUCUUUGACGACGAAACAACAUGCAAAACGACUUGCGCGAACGCAAUCACAGGACCAGAAGAGAACGAGACGGGCACCGGCACUGUCAAAGGAGGCAGAGGUGGUGAAUCGCCAGCGAAGACAAUUGGCACUGUCAAAGGAGGCAGAGGUGAUGAAUCGCCAGCGAAGACAAUUGGUUCAAAGGGAAGCUACACGUCGAAAACGAAAAAACCCAAGAAACCAAAUAAAAGACCCGUCAGUGGAUCUAAAUCGAAGCAAGGUUCAUUAAGAGCAAAGUGCGUAGUGAGAGCAAAAAAAGGUUCAUGCGAUGAUUACAGCGACAUGUGGUAUAACAAUCCCGGCUUCUACACCUGUAGCCGUGUGCCAGAAGGGUGGUGCCCAACGCGCAGUUCAUUCUUUGAAUCCUGUGAAGAGUGCAUGGAGAAUUGCCAAAAAACCAGGAUAAAGCAAUGCGACUUUAAGAGCUGAACAUCCACAACAAGGAAGCAGUUAUAAUGUACACUCUUCACUUGAAGGGUACCGUGAUUUGUACCAAGUGUUAAACCAAUGUACUGCACCUAAUGACCGAACAGAAAAGACUUUUUUUUUAUUUCCGCGUUGAGGAUACCACAAGCUCGCUGAAAUAAAUAAAUUAUCCGUGC